AAUAAAACAGAGAUAAAAUCAUGAAACUCCUAAACUUAUUUAUAUAUGCAGACGUUUUGAUGCUGGUAAUGGUGAUAUGGAUUGUGCCCACAUACGGUCAUGAGCCACACCCACACCCACACCCACACCCACACCCACACCCACACCCACAUCCGCACCCACACGAGUCUGGUUGGGUUGAUGGCCGUGCCACAUUUUACGGUGACAUCAAUGGUGGAGAAACUCAACAGGGAGCUUGUGGAUAUGGUAAUCUACACAAACAAGGAUAUGGUCUAGAAACAGCGGCACUAAGCACGGCACUAUUCAACAAUGGGUCAACGUGUGGGGCUUGUUACGAGAUAAAGUGCACGAAUGCUCCACAAUGGUGUUUGCCUGGCUCUAUCAAGAUCACAGCUACAAACUUCUGUCCACCAGAUUACUCCAAACCGAAAGAAUGUUGGUGCAACCCGCCACAAAAACACUUUGAUCUCUCGCAACCAAUGUUCCUAAAAAUCGCCAAGUACAAAGCUGGGGUUGUCCCAGUUAAAUUUAGACGUGUUCCUUGUGCAAAAAUCGGAGGCGUCAAGUUUGAAAUCAAAGGAAACCCUCAUUUCCUAAUGAUCUUACCGUACAAUGUGGGAGGAGCUGGAGAUGUUAGGGCCAUGAAGAUUAAGGGAACGAAGACCGAGUGGAUACCAAUGAAGAAGAACUGGGGACAGAUUUGGAGCAGUGGUGUUGUGUUGACCGGACAAUGUUUAUCGUUUAGGGUCACGACAAGUGAUGGUGUUACAAAAGAUUUUAUUGACGUGACACCGCCAAAUUGGGGAUGUAAUGGACAGAGCUUUGAUGGAAAGAUUAACUUUUAAGAGAAGAAUUUGAGUCUUCGCUAACGCUUGCAAUCUGUUAAGAAGCUGGAGGGUAUUGGUAGGUUACUUGUAAUUUUUAAAAAUAAUUCACUGUUAUUGGUUUACGAAUUCGAAUAUUCGAUGAUUUUCUAUUUCUAAUCAAAAUCUUGUUUUUUUUUUUACGUUUUCUUUGUUACCAAUUUCCUAAACCUUUUGUUUUUUUAUUUAUUGAC